CUGUCUUCCAGUAGUUCUCCACCCACCAACCAAGAUAGCGAACGCUGCUCAGCCAACGCGGGUUCCCGUUCCCAAACAUAUGGCAAAAAUAGCCUAUUUUCUUUCUUUCAACGUUGGGUCCACUACUCUUUAAAAAUUCCGCCGAAAAAGAGAAGACGAUUUUCCAAAACCUUUCGGCCGUUAUCUCACGGCUCGCCUGUCUCUGUACAGGUGUAUGAGCGCUACCCAGAGGGCCUAGGGGCGGCCCUUUACAGGGAGCACUUUGACUUCAACGCUGAGCCACCUUGGGAUCCUAGCUGAUAGUGGGACAGGUCCAUCUCCUGACUUGUCCAUUUUGUUGCAUACCGGCAGGACCCCAUUGGCUCAGUCGUGACCCCCUGGCUCGUUUAUUUCUUUAUGAUUGUCUGCUUAGUGGAAUACAGUUAAGAUGAAAGGAUUCCCCGACAAACCAAGCUACAUUAUCGAACUCCUGGAGGGAGGAGUUACUCUGGAAGACGUUAUUGAUGGACACAUCUGCGAACAAGAUCAGGUGGAGAAAAGUGCAUUUGUGGUGGGUGACCUUGGUGCCCUGAUGCGCCAGCAUACAUGCUGGCAGGGCCUGGUGCCCCAGCUGCAGCCUUACUACCCAGUCAAGUGCAACAGCAGCCCUGUAGUCAUUGAGGUGCUGGCCUCCUUGGGCCUGGGCUUUGUUUGUUCCAACAAGGCUGAGGUGAGCCUGGUUCUGGAGCAUGGUGUGCCACCAGAAAACAUCAUUCUGUCGAGCGCUUUCAAGCAGCUGGCACACAUCAAAUAUGCUGCCAAGAACCGCAUACAGCACCUUGUGUGUGAAAACGAGGCCGAGUUGUCCAAGAUUGCUCGUCUGCACCCUGAUGCAAAGCUGCUGCUGCAGUUAACUACCGAAGCGCACGCAGCAGAGACCAGCAUGUCCUUUGGCUUCUCACUGAAGAGCUGCAGACAUCUGCUUGAGAUGGCCAAGGAGCUGGGGGUCCAAGUGGUAGGAGCAGCCUUCCACAUCCCAAGCUCCUGCCAGGACCUCCAGCAGGCCUACACCCACGCGCUGUCGGACGCUCGCUGUGUUUUUGACAUGGGGCUGGCUUUGGGCUUUAACAUGAACAUCCUGGAUAUCGGUGGUGGAUUUACUGGCUCAGAGUUCCAACUCAAACAGGUUGAGUCUGCUGUCCGGCCUCUCCUUGAUGCUUACUUCCCCCAACGAUCAGGUGUGCAGGUUCUGGCCCAGCCUGGCUGCUUCUAUGUGGCCUCUGCUUUUACCCUGGCUGUCUGUGUAAUAGGCAAGGAGGUGGUGACCCACUGCUGGGAGACUUUGUCUCAAGCCGAGAAGAAUGAAGACACAGAGUUCCUGUACUACAUGAACGAGGGCGUUUAUGGCUCUUUCAGCCACAAACUCCUAGGAAGCAGCAUCACCAUCCCAUUAGCGCAUAAGCAUGCAUUAUGUGCAGGCGAAGCCGUGUAUCCCAGCAGUCUGUGGGGCCCAUCACUGGACCAGCUGGACCAGGUGGUGGAGCGCUGCCUUCUGCCAGAGCUCAUCGUGGGAGACUGGCUCCUCUUCUCCAACAUGGGGACAUGUGGUCUGGAGGAGUUCAGCUGUGCCUCCAUUUCCAGCCAGCUGCCUGUCUACUACACCGUCUUCACCUCUGACUGGUACGAAAUGCAGGAGGCGGGUGUGGCUCUGGAUAGUGCCAUGAAGAACUUCUCCAUGCUCCAGUACAGCGCGUAACUACGCUCGGCCCCUGUCUCGUUUCGUAUUGCACAGAUGUUCCUUCCUCUGCUUUCACCAUGUGAGAAGAGAGGUUGGCGUGGUAUUUCGGACUGAGACUAAUUGUGCUCAACAUUCCAGCCACCUUGAGAAAAAAAAAGCUGUGUCUUAUCAGAGUAUUUCCUUCCAGAGUUUGACUUUUUGGGGGGGUUUAUUUGCUUCUUGAAAUGGGAAACAGUUAGUUGUGUGAUACCUCGAUUUAAUCCUCAAUUUGCCUGGUUGAUAAUCAAAAGUCCUGCUCCUUUCUCAAGGACUGAAUCUGUCGGCUAAAAGAGCGUUAGUCUAAGCUCGAAUGUUAUUAUGCAACAAAAUGGAUGACUCAUUGGAGAUGGGAGCCCAAACAUGUUUGGGAAGGUUUAUUUUUGAAUUAAAAUCAGUUUACAAAUUGUAUAAUUUAAUCAGUUAAAUCAAAUUGUCUCUUGAUAAUCUGACAGUCUUGUAAACUCCAGCACAUUUUGACUGUACAUGAUUUUUUUGUUUUGUUCUUGUUCUCUUUAGAUUCAUUACUUUGUCAGACGCCUUUGUAUAAAAACGAUAAUGAUCUACCCUUACGCUCGACUACACCUCAACUUGGUGUUUUUAUUUAUUGGAAUCAAAUAUUACAGUGACAUAUUUCAAACUCCAUCUUUAAAUGUAUGUUGUCCAGGUAAUAUGCUGUGGCCCGUCUAUCAGUGUUUUCCUGAUAACAUAUUUACAUGGUGUUUAUUUAUUAGCUUUUUUAAACGCUACAGGAUUAGAUGUGCUGUGACCUCGGGUUUCUCUUCGUUCAAAGGGAGUGGCAGAAUUGUCCUUGUUGCACUUCCCUUUGCUAAUGCAGAGAAACCACAUAGUAACACACUCCUCGUCUCCAACAGAGAAGGAGGUCAAUCUGAUUAAAAACGCACAAAUUUAUUUGGACUAAAAGAACUCGAAGCAACGAGCUUUCAGAUCUACACAUUGGUGUCGCUCUUGGUCCCUUAAGAAGGCUCUCCAACGCUAGCUGUCUUAGUGAAGUAUGAUAAUAAAAUCUGAUACCAAAAGUAAAUAAAUGUCUAUCUUUAAAAUGAAAGGCAUUUAUAGUUGAACACAGGCAUCUCUGAUAAAUAUGAUACGUUAGAUCUUUUAUUGUGCCUCAUGAAAAACACGAGGGGCACACCACAGUCUCUUGUACAGUUUCACGUUUGAUAACUUAAUAGGUAAUGUGACUCAGCAGCUGUUUAUAAGAAUCCUGCCCUUGUGUUUUACAAGUGACUAAUGUAUUAAUUGUCUGAGGCACUAAUGGACCAUAGCCUGUUUUGACUGUAAAUUGUGCUUGUUAAAGUAAUGAAAGUGAUUAAUUUAAUACAUUUCUGACUACAAAAUCUA